AUGGACCAACAAAACGUGCAACCGGAGAAGCUCGCAAAGAACACUUUGCCCGAGGACAUUGCGCGGAUUGCCGCGGAUACUAAGGUGGAAGCAACCCUGAACGCCUAUCUUGCAAGGCGCAUAUGUCAAGAGCUCCAAAGUAACCAGCCACUGACCGAGGCGACCAUGGACUUGAAUUCAUGGGCCGUCAGACGAGACUCAACCAACGAAGCCCGACAAAAGUAUGUCAUCGCAGACGCGGGAUGGCUUCGCCCCAGGUCUAAUACCUCCGCGGGGCGUCACCCCUCAACGCUUCCUGAAGGAUACUCGAAAGGCAGCGGACAAAUCAUUCUGGUGCCGAUCUAUUUUGACGUCUCGAACAACGGUCAUUGGUCGCUUCUGAUCAUUCACGAUGGUUUCACAGGGCACGGAAAGGGACCCUCGAUCAAACACCUCGAUCCUUUUAGAAACAAGGAUACGGGGUUCGUACGCCGCAAUGCAAUCAAACUCGAUGCCUCCCUGGCUGUUGAAAGUCUCUUCGACAUAGAAACGUUUAGAUUCGGCCAGUGGCCCUAA